AUGACGGGUGGCGGGGGCGUGGGCGGAGGGGCCGUGGGCGGAGGGGCCGUGGGCGGAGGGGCCGUGGGCGGAGGGGCCGUGGAUGGCGGGGCCAGCAAGCAGACGGGAGAGCAUUUGGAUCCCCGAGAGCAGGCAAACGACAUCAGCGACGGAAGGACGGCGCAGGAAGCUGCGAGCAAGGCUGCGAGUUGGACAGUCAGCAGCAGGCUCAUUGUUGGUGAGCAGAGCUGCAGGAAUCACGGAGGAGACGUCGAGGGUUGCACAGCGACAUCGCGCCGCGGAGUUCUAGUCGGCAAGUCUGACGGGGUGAACCGCAGGAGCGCAGGAGACGUCGAGGGUAGCACAGCGACAUCGCGCCGCGGAAUUCGAGUCGGAGACGUCGAGGGUAGCACAGCGACAUCGCGCCGCGGAAUUCGAGUCGGCAAGUCUGACGGGGUGAACCGCAGGACCGCAGAAGAGGUCGAGGGUUGCACAGCGACAUCGCGCCACGGAGUUCGAGUCGGCAAGUCUGACGGGGUGAACCGCAGGAGCGCAGGAGACGUCGAGGGUUCCACAGCGACAUCGCGCCGCGGAGUUCGAGUCGGCAAGUCUGACGGGGUGAACCGCAGGAGCGCAGGAGACGUCGAGGGUUCCGCAGCGACAUCGCGCCGCGGAGUUCGAGUCGGCAAGUCUGACGGGGUGAACCGCAGGAGCGCAGAAGAGGUCGAGGGUUGCACAGCGACAUCGCGCCGCGGAGUUCGAGUCGGCAAGUCUGACGGGGUGAACUGCAGGAGCGCAGGAGACGUCGAGGGUUGCACAGCGAAAUAG